AUGCCUGCGCUGGAGCCGCGCAUCCCGGGCUGGGCCGGGCGGGGCGCGGCGGAGUCCGGGCGCAGCUCAUGCCGCCGCCUCUCCCUCCUCCUCCUCCUCUCCUUCUUCCUCCCCGCGCUGCUGCUCCGCCGGGCGCUGGCCGCCGCAGGGCUGGAGUACAGCGAUGUGCUGCCCGACUCCUUCCCGUCGGCGCCGGCGGAGACGCUGCCGCACUUCCUGCUGGAGCCGCAGGACGCCUACAUCGUGAAGAACAAGCCCGUGGAGCUCGUGUGCCGCGCCAACCCCGCCACGCAGAUCUACUUCAAGUGCAACGGCGAGUGGGUCAACCAGAACGACCACGUCACCAAGGAGAGCCUGGACGAGGUCACCGGGCUGCUGGUGCGGGAGGUGCAGAUCGAGGUGUCCCGGCAGCAGGUGGAGGAGCUGUUUGGCCUGGAGGAUUACUGGUGCCAGUGCGUGGCCUGGAGCUCGGCGGGCACCACCAAGAGCCGCCGGGCCUACGUCCGCAUCGCCUACCUACGGAAGAACUUUGAUCAGGAGCCCCUGGGCAAGGAGGUCCCGCUGGAGCAUGAGGUGCUGCUGCAGUGCCGCCCGCCCGAGGGGGUCCCACAGGCUGAGGUGGAGUGGCUGAGGAAUGAGGAUGUCAUCGAUCCCAGCCAGGACACCAACUUCCUGAUCACCAUCGAUCACAACCUCAUCAUCAAGCAGGCCCGGCUGCUGGACACUGCUAAUUACACCUGCAUGGCCAAGAACAUCGUGGCCAAGCGCCGGAGCACCACGGCCGCUGUCAUCGUCUACGUGAAUGGUGGCUGGUCCACCUGGUCCGAGUGGUCUCCGUGCAACAACCGCUGUGGCCGGGGCUGGCAGAAGCGCACCCGGACCUGCACCAACCCCGCGCCCCUCAACGGCGGCUCCUUCUGCGACGGGCAGCCCUUCCAGAAAAUCACCUGCACCACCCUCUGCCCAGUGGACGGCGCGUGGACGGAGUGGAGCAAGUGGUCGGCGUGCAGCACCGAGUGCACCCACUGGCGCAGCCGCGAGUGCGCGGCCCCCGCGCCCCGCAACGGCGGCAAGGACUGCAGCGGGGUGCUGCUGGACUCCAAAAACUGCACCGACGGCCUCUGCCUGCACAAUAAAAGAAUUCUAAACGAGCCCAAAAGCCACCUGCUGGAGGCCACGGGCGAUGUGGCCCUGUACGCCGGGCUGGUGGUGGCCAUUUUCGUCUUCAUCGUGAUCCUCAUGGCCGUGGGGGUGGUGGUGUACCGGAGGAGACGCCGGGAUUUCGACACGGACAUCACGGACUCCUCGGCUGCUCUGACCGGAGGGUUCCACCCUGUCAACUUCAAGACGUCCCGGCAUGACAACCCUCAGCUGCUGCACCCGUCCAUGCAGCCGGACCUGACGGCCAGCGCGGGCGUGUACCGCGGCCCCAUGUACGCCCUGCAGGACUCCUCCGACAAGAUCCCCAUGACCAACUCCCCCCUGCUGGACCCCCUGCCCAGCCUCAAGAUCAAGGUCUACAACUCCUCCACCACCUCCUCCUCCUCGCCGGGGCUGCACGACGGCACGGACCUGCUGGGGGGUGUCCCCGCCACCGGCACCUACCCGGGGGACACCGCCAGGGACGGCCACUUCGCCAACGUGCGGAGCAAAGGCCUGGGCUCCCAGCACCUCCUCAGCCUGCCCCGGGAGCAUGGCUACAGCGCCAGCGGCACAUUUGGCUACCUGGGGGGAAGGCUCACCAUGCCAGGCACAGGGGUGAGCCUGCUGGUGCCCCACGGGGCCAUCCCCCAGGGGAAGUUCUACGAGAUGUACCUGGUGCUCAACAAGGCUGAGACCGCCCUGCUGCCCUCUGAGGGCACACAGACAGUGCUGAGCCCUGCAGUGACCUGUGGGCCCACGGGCCUGCUCCUGUGCCGCCCCGUCGUCCUGACCAUUCCCCACUGCGCCGACGUCAGCUCCUCGGACUGGAUCUACCAGCUGAAAACACAGUCCCACCAGGGAAACUGGGAGGAAGUUGUGACCCUGGACGAGGAGACCCUCAACACUCCCUGCUACUGCCAGCUGGAAGCCAAGUCCUGCCACGUUUUGCUGGACCAGCUUGGCACCUAUGUCUUUGUGGGGGAGUCCUACUCCAGGUCAGCCAUCAAGAGGCUCCAGCUGGCCAUCUUUGCCCCCACCGUCUGCACCUCCCUGGAGUACAGCCUCAAGGUCUACUGCUUGGAGGACACGCCAGAUGCUCUGAAGGAGGUGCUGGAGCUGGAGAGGACACUGGGAGGGUACCUGCUGGAGGAGCCCAAGCCCCUGCCCUUCAAGGACAGCUACCACAACCUGCGCCUCUCCAUCCACGACAUCCCCCACGCGCUGUGGAGGAGCAAACUGCUGGCCAAGUACCAGGAAAUCCCCUUCUAUCACAUCUGGAGCGGCAGCCAGCGAGCGCUGCACUGCACCUUCACGCUGGAGAGGUACAGCCAGGCCUCCACCGAGCUCACCUGCAAGAUCUGCGUCCGGCAGGUGGAAGGGGAAGGGCAGAUCUUCCAGCUUCAUGUCACGCUGGGAGAGCACGGCAGCUCCUCCGACACCCUCCGCUCCCACCACAGCGGUGCCACCACCUCCAGCACCACCCAGGUGGGACCCUACGCCUUCAAAAUCCCCCUCUCCAUCCGGCAGAAGAUCUGCAACAGCCUGGAUGCUCCCAACUCCAGGGGGAACGACUGGAGGCUUCUCGCCCAGAAGCUUUCCAUGGACCGGUAUCUGAACUACUUUGCCACCAAAGCCAGCCCCACCGGGGUGCUCCUGGACUUGUGGGAAGCCGAGCACCAGGACGACGGCGAUCUCAACACCCUGGCCAGUGCCUUAGAGGAGAUGGGCAAGAGCGAGAUGCUGGUGGUCAUGGCCACAGAGGGAGACUGCUGAUGGUGCUCCCCGUGGCUGGGGGACCAGGAGGACGAACCAGGGGGUGAGGAAGGGUCCUCCCCCGAUGGCAGGGGCAGGCACAUCCGUCCUGAGCGGGGAGGGGCCGCGGCCGGCGCUUCUCCCGAUCACUGUCAGCCUUAGAGACCCAUCCUCAGCGUUUACAAGCAAUUCAAGUGUUACACAGCAUUCCUCCUCCUCCUCCUCACGGCACGGGGAGGAAUUAGGGCUUCUCAAAUCGGGAUGGGGGCUUUCCUUUUUCCUUCUUCUUUUUGGGUUCCCUUCCUCCUCCUUUAAUAGCAUUUCUGCGUUGAAGAGAUGAAUACAAUCCAGGCUUAACUUCUGUCAAAGGCUUCAGGCAGCUUAACGAGGCAAAUAGGAAAGAAAAAAAGGAAAAAAAAAAGUUUCUUAGGAAACGCAAAUAAUUUAUUAUCCAGAUCUUUGGAUGUGUCCUUUUUUUUAAAAAAAAAAGAAAGAAAAAAAAGACAGAUUUAUAAAUCUUUUUUUUGUUGUUGUUGGUGUGUGAGAGCAAGAGCGUUGCUGUGGUCAGGGUGGCGGAGAGAGAGAUUUCAAUGGACACACUUUUGUAGGGAAAAGCGUGUGAUCCAAGUUGAGAAAAACGUGUUUACAUGUCCUGGGACCCCCAGGGAGUCUGGAGGGUGAAGUGCCUCUCCACCCCUCUGGUUCAGGGCCAGCUCAGACCCUUCCCAAGGCUUUUGUCCUUGCAAACUCCUUUUCCCUGGCAGUGGGAAUGAUGGGUCCCGCUCCAUCUGCAAGGAGGGAUGAGGGAUGCUGCCCUGUAUUUAGGGUUCAGGGUGGGGAGAGUGCAUCCAGAUAUGGGUAUUUUUAAUGAAUUCUUCCCUGGCAUGGUUUGGGGGAGCUUUUUAGGAUGACUACGCCUUCAUUUACCUAACUUCAGUACAAACCAAAGAUUUCAGUCCUGCGCCAACCUCCGGACUCGAGGCUAAACGGGGGAGGUUGUAAACCCAGCAGGAUUUUGCAGUGAGCACCCCAAACCUGGGCUUGGGAGUCAGAGGGAGGUGAUGAGUGGGUGUGGAGGGGUCAGGGGAGAGCAGGGGCUGGCGGGCUGGGAUGUGGCCACUUCAAACUGCCUCCACUUCAGCUCCCUGCCCUCCUGCCUGGAUUUUGAUGCAGUAUUUCAGCACAGAUUCAGGGAGGGAUACUCUGGUAUUCCCAAGCUGCCAACCAGGCUGAGCAUUUUCACAUGAGGGACAGCAGCGUGAGCAGUGCUCAGGUUUCCAUCCCUCACUGCAGCUCCUGUUUUUCCCUGGAAUAGGCUUUUGUAACGAUGGAGAAGCUGUGGGGUGAGUGGAAAGUAAUCAAAGUGGUAGGCAGGAAUGAGGUUCCUCACACAGAUACGGUGUCUUUAUGAAGGUUAAAAAUUUAGGUUGCCUGCAGGUAGAAAUAGUUACUCACUGAGUGCUGUAUCUUAGAAGCUUGUCUGUUAAAAAAAAAAAAAAAAAUAGGAAGGGGAUGGUAAGCUCAGGAUUAGACUAGGUCACAUGGCCAGGCUGUGGAUUCUUCAUCAGUGGAAGUAUUAGGAGCAUGUCCUGCUCUGGGCUGCAGAGCCCUGGAUCUGUGUCGUGGAGUGCCUGUGUCAUCCCACAAAGUGCUGGGCACAGGAGCACACUCGGGGAGCCUGGAGAGCGUCAGCUGCACAGGGCUGCUCGGGAGGAGCUUUCAGUAUUGCUGGGACAUGAUAGGAUUCCUGUGGGCAGCUCCUGAGGCGCUGCUGGAAAGCACUGAGCUGCUCCCUGCUGUGUCUCGGGGUCCCUGGGGUUCCCUUCUUGCUGAGUUUUGAAGGCUGUGGGAGAAAAGGGAUCUUUUCCCCUUCUGCUGGCUGGGAAAACUGCUGCUGGGCGAGCUCCUGUGUCACAUAGGAAGAGGCUUAUCCGUCCUUUGGGUUGCAUCUGACCAUUUCCGAGACCCUCUGAGCUAAGGAAGAAAAAGCAAAUUUGGAGAGCAAUAAAGACUCGAUGGAUCCAUCCAGCUGCCCGUGGUCUCGAGGGCUCCUUUCUGGGUUCCACGGGGUUCUCGGAGGGAUGAGAUGCUCUUUCAGGUCACCUCAGAAUCUCUCUCGCUCCCAUUCUCUGGUUUAUGGAUCACUGUGCUGGGAUGUGCGUCUGUCCAUCCGUCCCUCUGUCCUGCCCGCGGGUGCCUCUCUCCAUCCCCCCCCAUCUCUGCUCAGCUCCCCCUUCCUUUGGGCAGGCAGCAGCCACCUGGCUUGGCUGAAGUGCAUCUUUGGGGAGAUUCUCCCCGUUUUUCUGACCAGGGAACCUGCAGCAGGAGCAUGGCAGGGGGGAUGCAGGGUUUGCCUCCCAUCUCCCGUGGGUGCCAGCUGCCAGGAGCCUUCCACACCUCCCAGGGGUUUCUCCAGCCAGGCAUUUUGGCCAAGGCAGCCCUGUGGUCUGGCAGUGUCCAUCUCUUGCUCCAAAAUGUGUUUCCAUAUUUAUAUGUCCAGGGGAUGGGCCUGGUGGCGUCCUCUAAACCCGCAUCUGUUCAUUCUGUAAACUAAAGAACUGUAAAUAAAGUUUAGCAUUCCUAUUGUAACAAAUUAAUUUUUAUGCAAUAAAUUAUAUUUCCUAGUCUAAUA